AGGUUUGAGAGGGGGGUGGUUGCUAUACGAGGUAUCCCUCCCCUACUCGGGGUGGGCCUGCUCCGGGUGGACCUGCUCCGGGUGGGCCUGCUCGGGGUGGACCUGCUCCGGGUGGGCCUGCUCCAGGUGGACCUGCUCCGGGUGGACCUGCUCGGGAUGGGCCUGCUCCGGGUGGACCUGCUCGGGAUGGGCCUGCUCCGGGUGGACCUGCUCUGGGUGGGCCUGCUCCGGGUGGGCCUGCUCCGGGUGGAUCUGCUCGGGGUGGACCUGCUCCGGGUGGGCCUGCUCCGGGUGGACCUUCUCUCAGUGUACAGUGAGGGAAAAAAGUAUUUGAUCCCCUGCUGAUUUUGUACGUUUUCCCACUGACAAAGAAAUGAUCAGUCUAUAAUUUUAAUGGUAGGUUUAUUUGAACAGUGAGAGACAGAAUAUCAAAACAAAAAUCCAGAAAAACGCAUGUCAAAAAUGUUAUAAAUUGAUUUGCAUUUUAAUGAGGGAAAUAAGUAUUUGACCCCCUCUCAAUCAGAAAGCUUUCUGGCUCCCAGGUGUCUUUUAUACAGGUAACGAGCUGAGAUUAGGAGCACACUCUUAAAGGGAGUGCUCCUAAUCUCAGCUUGUUACCUAUAUAAAAGACACCUGUCCACAGAAGCAAUCAAUCUAUCAGAUUCCAAACUCUCCACCAUGGCCAAGACGAAAGACCUCUCCAAGGAUGUCAGGGACAAGAUUGUAGACCUACACAAGGCUGGAAUGGGCUACAAGACCAUCGCCAAGCAGCUUGGUGAGAAAGUGACAACAGUUGGUGCGAUUAUUGGCAAAUGGAAAAAACACAAAAGAACUGUCAAUCUCCCUCAGCCUGGGGCGCCAUGCAAGAUCUCACCUCGUGGAGUUGCAAUGAUCAUGAGAACGGUGAGGAAUCAGCCCAGAACUACACAGGAGGAUCUUGUCAAUGAUCUCAAGGCAGCUGGGACCAUAGUCACCAAGAAAACAAUUAGUAACACACUACGCCGUGAAGGACUGAAAUCCUGCAGCGCCCGCAAGGUCCCCCUGCUCAAGAAAGCACAUAUACAGGGCCGUCUGAAGUUUGCCAAUGAACAUCUGAAUGAUUCAGAGGAGAACUGGGUGAAAGUGUUGUGGUCAGAUGAGACCAAAAUGGAGCUCUUUGGCAUCAACUCAACUCGCCGUGUUUGGAGGAGGAGGAAUGCUGCCUAUGACCCCAAGAACACCAUCCCACUGUCAAACAUGGAGGUGGAAACAUUAUGCUUUGGGGGUGUUUUUCUGGUAAGGGGACAGGACAACUUCACCGCAUCAAAGGGACGAUGGACGGGGCCAUGUACCGUCAAAUCUUGGGUGAGAACCUCCUGCCAGGGCAUUGAAAAUGGGUUGUGGAUGGGUAUUCCAGCAUGACAAUGACCCAAAACACCCGGCCAAGGCAACAAAGGAGUGGCUCAAGAAGAAGCACAUUAAGGUCCUGGAGUGGCCUAGCCAGUCUCCAGACCUUAAUCCCAUAGAAAAUCUGUGGAGGGAGCUGAAGGUUCGAGUUGCCAAACGUCAGCCUCGAAACCUUAAUGACUUGGAGAAGAUCUGCAAAGAGGAGUGGAACAAAAUCCCUCCUGAGAUGUGUGCAAACCUGGUGGCCAACUACAAGAAACGUCUGACCUCUGUGAUUGCUAACAAGGGUUUUGCCACCAAGUACUAAGUCAUGUUUUGCAGAGGGGUCAAAUACUUAUUUCCCUCAUUAAAAUGCAAAUCAAUUUAUAACAUUUUUGACAUGCAUUUUUCUGGAUUUUUUUGUUGUUAUUCUGUCUCUCACUGUUCAAAUAAACCUACCAUUAAAAUUAUAGACUGAUCAUUUCUUUGUCAGUGGGCAAAUGUACAAAAUCAGCAGGGGAUCAAAUACUGUUUUUUCCUCACUGUACCUGUGCUGGCUGUACCUGCUCUGAGUAUUAUCCAUGCUGGGUGUCUGGGAUCAAAGUCUUCAGGCCAUAAAGGGGUGCUGGCUGUGCUGUGUUGGCGUAGCUCACUGUCCUCCUGUUUCCUGGUUCACAGUUUCUUUCUUUCUCUUGGUGGACUGGACAGGACAGACAAUUGAACGGUGGCUGAGGACUGAACUGACUAUAGGACCAGGGAGGGCUUCUACAGACCUCUACAGGUAACACAUGGUCUUGGUCAACUUCUGCUAUAGGGGUUUGACCCACAGUUGUCAAAGUUAUUUUGAUUAAUCUAAUGGUGGUGUGAUGACAGCCAUAGUAUAGCCAGUGAUAAGAUAUGCCAUGUCACAUGAUACAUUUUCAAUCUGUCCACAUGCAUUGUUGUGGGGUUUGAUUCUUAAUGGGAUUUAAAUGGGAUUCAGAUUCCAUUGAAUAAUUUGAUUUAAUAUGAGAUGGUAAAACCUCAUCUUUAAUUAAACUUAUUGGAGCAGAAAUCCCAAGGGCUUGACCAUCAGGUGUCAUAAUGUGUCAAUGUUGUUUUGCUGUAAAGGGAGUGGUCCUGGCCGAAAUGGCAGCCAUUUUUAUAGGACCGAUUAUAUUGUCUGUAUCCCAAAUGGCACCCUAUUCCCAGUAUAGUGCACUACUUUUGACCUGGGCUCAUAGGGCUCUGGUCAAAAGUAGUGCACUUUGUAGGGAAUAGGGUGCCAUUUGGAACGAAGACCAGUCACUAUCAUCAUACAGUAUGGACUCUUACACAGCUGUGUUUUUUCUCUAAAUCUACAGACUGGAGACAAGACGUUUUUAAUCAUGGUGGUUUUGAGGAAGGUAAGAUACAUAUUACUGUACUCCUCUCAUACUAAAUGUUGAAGAUCUGCUUGCAUGAUUUAUAACAGGUCCUAUCUUCGACAUUGUCUUUGACAGAAAAUAUGUCACAGACUGAAUAUAACAUCAGAUAUUAUUGGGGUGGGGGGGGGGAAUAGUUUAAAGAUUUGAAUCAUUAUGUUUCAUAGCAUGUCUGUAGGUGAAUUCCCAUAGUUUUAUCUCAGUAUUUACUCCAGUAUUCUCAGUAUUGACAAUGUCCAUUGCCCCCCCCCCAGGGUGAUUGGGUGUGGGUGGACUCUGGUCUGGGGGUGCCCAUCGGAGCUGAGGUCAAGCUGACCGACACUGGACAGCUGCAGCUCUUCGAUGAUGAAGGAAAGGUAUGGUACCUGUCCAAUACCUGUCCAAUACCUGUCCAAUACCUGUCCAAUACCUGUCCAAUACCUACCUGUACCUCCUAACUGUCCGCUGGAGGGUAUUGUACCUGUCCUGUAUACCUGAAUGUUUUUUUGAUAUAUUGUUAAGUGUCCUGUCCUCUUAGCUGUUUUAAAAAAAAUGUAUAUUUACAGUUUUUUCUUGAACCGCUCCACAAAAUACAUUCUCAUGAGAAAAUAAUGUAGUUAUUUGAAUUGAAAGAAACAAUUUUUUUUGUUGUUGUGUGAAAUCUUUGGCCUCUGGAAGAAAUAUUUGAUCCUGAUAUUGUGAUAAAGUUGUGAUAGUGUUAUUGAUCAUUGCAGGAGCAUGAGAUCAACCAGAAGGAAGAGGAUGGGAUCCGGCCCAUGCACCCUACGUCCGUUAACGGAGUGGACGACAUGAUCAGACUGGGGGACCUCAACGAGGCCGGGCUCCUCAGAAACCUCCUGGUCCGACACAAGGAGGGUAUCAUCUAUGUUAGUAUACUAGAUACAUAUAUUAUAGUAUACUAUAUAAAAACGAUUUAGUCCCUGUUCAUAUGAUUGUAUCUAUAAUCCACCUUACUAAGUUCUUAACAGUCAUUGCCCCCAAGCUGGAAAUGGGAUGUGCAAAAUUAAACAAAUUAUGCCUUUGUUGAUAACAACCUAUAAGGAAGUUGCAGAGAUUAAUGGUGUGUGAAAGGUAGGACCGGCUAGAACCACAUAUAUUUUUAUUGACAUACCACUGAUCAUAUGUGAUCAAACAUUAUGCAAAGAUUCAACUGUCAUCUUCCUGGUUGAAUAGAACCCCAUUCACGAUAAAUGAUCUAUAACUAGCUUGUUCAUGAUGAUUGGUGGUUUAGGCUCAUUGGAGACGCUGUAUUCCUCUCUGACUGAAGUGAAUGCUCUGUCAGUGACAGAUAGAUAGACUUUGCUCUGUAGUAAGGUUAUCACACUGGUGUUAGUCUCCAUAGAGACCAAUGAGGCUCUAUGUGUUUAAUGAGAACGUCCCAGUGUUGCCCUGCCAAGCUGCCAACGCCGCUGUCUUGCCUUCAUGAAUCAGAACUAGAUAGAAACAUAGAAAGCAGAGGGACGAUUGUUUGGUUUUAUUUAUGACGUUUACGAACAUGAAAUGCGAUUCGGCUUCUGAACACCAAGCCCGUUGCAAUGACUUUAUAACCUUACGGCUGCUAGGUUUUGGUAUGACUGGGUAAUAGGCCCAAUGCAGAUGUUUUUAUUUCAAUAUCAAAUCAUUUCUUGCAUAACAAUGAAGUACCGUACUGUAAUAGAUUUCUAUUCAAAUGGGCAAAAAUAGUUUUUUUUAGCAACAAAAAAAAUACUAUUUCUCAAGCAAGACUUUUGCUAGGACUAUCUGGGAGUGGUCUGAGUGGGAAGGGUAAAACUGAAAACUAGCUGUUAUUGGCAGAGAGGUUUGGAACUCUCUUUGUUAUUGGUCUAUUAAAUCAAUUUACCGCCUGGUGAUGUCACCAUGGAAUGCCGAAACUCCCGCCCCCAUGCAAACCUGCUGAUUAGAAGGUCCAGUGUAGAUUGUAUUUUCAACCAGCAACUAUCAGCAAAUAACAAUGUUUUUUUUUUUUUUUUAUUUUAUUUUUUUAAUCACAUUUUUUCAGAGUUAGUUUCAUCAGCUGCUGUAUCUGGAAAGUAAAUCAGAAAACACUUCCUUGUCUGAGCAGCCAAUCCCCUCUCUGUGUUGUGUCCUGGCUGGAGGUUAAAUAGCCUCUGUCUCAGGCAAGCGAGACUAAAGGUUAUAGUGUAGUGUUGAUGAAUGUGCUACUACUGUUAACCGACUGGUGUUGCCGGACACCCACGCUUCUCAUCAGUGGUACCACAGUCUGACAGAUAACGUCUCUCUCUUGUGCCCACAUCACCCGUCUCACUACCACUGUGUGUGUGUGUGUGUGUGUGUGUGUGUGUGUGUGUGUGUGUGUGUGUGUGUGUGUGUGUGUGUGUGUGUGUGUGUGUGCGUGUGUGUGCGUGACAGCCAGAUAACGUCCCUCCCUCUAUCUGUCCUGUGUCCAGACCUACACAGGCUCCAUUCUGGUGGCAGUGAACCCGUACCAGCUGCUGCCCCUCUACACUACAGAGCAGGUGCAUCUGUACACGGACCGCCGGCUGGGCGAGCUGCCUCCACACGUGUUCGCCAUCGCAGACAGCUGCUUCUUCAACAUGAGACGCAACAAGAAGGACCAGUGCUGUGUCAUCAGGUUGGGGGGGGGGGGUUCUCCAUAGACGUACUAGUCCCUACCCACAAUUCAAUGUCUAGUUUUGAUUUACAUUUGGUUGAGUUGUCAACUAACAUGAAUUCAACGUGAAAUCAAUAACAAAAAAUGUACCAUGUCAUUGGAUUUAGGUCAACAACAACAACAAAAAAGAGGACGUGCCCUGACUUAAAACAACUUUGAGGACUUUUUGCAAAUGCAAUCAGUUUUCAACAUUGAUUCAACGUCAUCACAUUGAUUUUCUUUGGUGGACGUGGAAACAACUUUGAUUCAGCAAGUUUUUGCCCAGUGGGCAGUAACUAGGGUUGAAAAACAGGACCAUGCACCAUAAUAAAAAUCAACUAGAAGAGUACAUUAGAUUGUAUAGCCUUAAAACAAUGUUCCCUGUGUGUUUCAGUGGUGGCGAACAGUACAUUAGAUUAAACUAUGUUCCCUGUGUGUUUCAGUGGUGGCGAACAGUACAUUAGAUUAAACUAUGUUCCCUGUGUGUUUCAGUGGUGGCGAACAGUACAUUAGAUUAAACUAUGUUCCCUGUGUGUUUCAGUGGUGGCGAACAGUACAUUAGAUUAAACUAUGUUCCCUGUGUAUUUCAGUGGUGGCGAACAGUACAUUAGAUUAAACUAUGUUCCCUGUGUGUUUCAGUGGUGAGAACAGUACAUUAGAUUAAACUAUGUUCCCUGUGUGUUUCAGUGGUGGCGAACAGUACAUUACAUUAAACUAUGUUCCCUGUGUGUUUCAGUGGUGAGAACAGUACAUUAGAUUAAACUAUGUUCCCUGUGUGUUUCAGUGGUGAGAACAGUACAUUAGAUUAAACUAUGUUCCCUGUGUGUUUCAGUGGUGAGUCUGGGGCAGGGAAGACAGAGAGCACCAAGUUGAUGCUGCAGUUCCUAGCUGCUGUGAGCGGGCAACACUCCUGGAUAGAACAACAGAUACUGGAGGCCAACCCUAUACUGGAGGGUAAUGCUUUGGGGUUUAAAGAGCAUUGAUUGAUUGAUAGAUUGGUUGAUUGAUGGGGUGAAUGAAUGAAUGCGUUAAUUAAUUAAUGCAUUCAUUCAUGCAUUCAUCAGGCUGGGAUCUUGUUGCACCAGAAGAAUUCAUGAAUGUGAUUUCAAUCUGCUCUCCCUGGACCUGUGGUCCCUUCCUAAUGAAAGGCUGUUCUCCUCCUUUUCACUAACUUAUAAACACACUGCAACUUCUGCUCUUCUUUCAGCCUUUGGUAAUGCCAAAACCGUCCGCAACGACAACUCCAGUCGCUUCGGGAAGUACAUAGACGUUAACUUCACUAAGGGCGGGGCCAUCGAAGGGGCUAAGAUAGAGCAGUACCUGCUGGAGAAAUCCCGCGUCUGCAGACAGGUAGGAGACUUGGGUAAUAAAUAACAUCCCAUUUAGCAGACAGGUAGGAGACGUGGGUAAUAAAUAACAUCCCAUUUAGCAGACAGGUAGGAGACGUGGAUAAUAAAGAACAUGCCAUUUAGCAGACAGGUAGGAGACGUGGAUAAUAAAUAAUAUCCCAUUUAGCAGACAGGUAGGAGAUGUGGAUAAUAAAUAACAUGCCAUUUAGCAGACAGGUAGGAGACGUGGAUAAUAAAUAAUAUCCCAUUUAGCAGACAGGUAGGAGACGUGGAUAAUAAAUAAUAUCCCAUUUAGCAGACAGGUAGGAGACGUGGACAAUAAAUAAUAUCCCAUUUAGCAGACAGGUAGGAGACGUGGAUAAUAAAUAAUAUCCCAUUUAGCAGACAGUUAGGAGACGUGGAUAAUAAUAACAUCCCAUUUACAGACAGGUAGGAGACGUGGUAAUAAUAACAUCCCAUUAGCAGACAGGUAGGAGACGUGGAUAAUAAAUAACAUGCCAUUUAGCAGACAGGUAGGAGACGUGGAUAAUAAAUAAUAUCCCAUUUAGCAGACAGGUAGGAGACGUGGAUAAUAAAUAACAUCCCAUUUAGCAGACAGGUAGGAGACGUGGAUAAUAAAUAACAUGCCAUUUAGCAGACAGGUAGGAGACGUGGAUAAUAAAUAACAUCCCAUUUAGCAGACAGGUAGGAGACGUGGAUAAUAAAUAACAUCCCAUUUAGCAGACGCUUUUAUCCAAAGCCACUUACAGUCAAUGCGUGCAUACAUUUUUACGUAUGGGUGGUCCCGGGGUUCGAACCCACUACCCUGGCGUUACAAGCGCCGUGCUCUACCAAUUGAGCUACAGAGGACCACCCAUAAACAUCCAUACGUUUCUGUGGGAAUGUGAAUAAAUAUGUGUUACAACUAAAGGGGUGAAUUUGAACUUCCACACACCGGUUUUUCUCAAUGGCGUACAAGCAAUGGAUCUGUGUUGAAACGUAUCUAUAGCAGAACAGCAAUGAUCAAACGCUCAAAUACGUUUACAGAACUACUGAUCAUUUUCUUGCCCUAGUGCCUGACUUGCAUAUCUUAGGUGGUCUAUUGCAAAACUUUAAAUAAAAAAUGUCAUCAGUGAAUACACAAUUACAAAAGAUAAAUGUGUGCAAUUGUGUUCACUGUUUAUGGCAAUCGUUGAAUACCACUGCACAAAAUUCUAAAUCACCCCAUCAGUGUCAUACCAUGUAAAAUAUUUGGAAAUAUCCAGGCAUUGGGGACUGUAAUAAUGUUUUACAAUAUUGCGGACAUGCAGAAACCUAGAGCAUGAAGUUGGGUUACUUAUAAGUAACUUUGUGUUACUCCUUAAAGUCAUCAUGACCGUUCAUUAUAGAGCUUUGCUUUGGUGUGGGUUGAGGCCUAUACAUUCAUAUCAGUUGUGUUUCUCCAUUGUGUAUUCACCUUUCCUUAUUUCUAUUGUGGAUAGCGGUUCUGUGCACCAAUGGAAAGUCUUCAAAACAAUGAGCAAACCAGCCUUUGUAUUGAAUACAUGGAAUUGGAUUUUGAUGAUACCGAUGGUAUAAUGUAGUUUAUAAUAUAGUUUAUAAUACGGUUUAGAUGAAUGUAUUUAUGUUUUGAGAAAGCAAAUACAUUUUAAAAACCCAUUUACUGUUUUGCAAAAGGCCACAGAGCUCUGUGUCUUGUGGACUCUGUUUCGAAAAUUGACAACAUCGUUCGCUUGUAUGCGAUUGAGAAAAACCAUACGAAGAAUUUUCACUCUCCCAUUGACAUCAAUGCAUGACUAAGUGAAAAUUACACUCAAGUGGAAGUUCACUCCCAUGUUUUACAGAUCGUUAUGGGUGGUUAGGAAGUAUUGUUUGUAUGUGCUGGCCCGUAGAGGUAAAAUGUGUUCUGUGUGUUGUGAUUGUGUUUGUAUGUGCAGGCCCCUGAGGAGAGGAACUACCACAUAUUCUACUGUAUGUUGAUGGGCAUGCCUGCUGAACAGAAGAAGAUCCUGUCUCUAGGCAACGCCUCAGAGUACAACUACCUCACCAUGGUAACAACCACACACAUAUCUAUAUAGUACAACUACAUCACCAUGGUAACAACACAUAGACAUAUACACUGAGUGUACAAAACAUUAAGAACACCUGCAUUUUCCAUGACAGACUGACCAGGUGAAUCCAGGUGAAAGCUAUGAUCCCUUAUUGAUGUCACCUGUUAAAUCCACUUCAAUCAGUGUAGAUGAAGGGGAGGAGACAGGUUAAAGAAGGAUUUUUAAGCCUUGAGACAAUUGAGACAUGGAUUGUGUAUGUGUGGCAUUCAGAGGGUGAAUGGGCAAGACAAAAGAUUGAAGUGCCUUUGAACGGGGUAUGGUAGUAGGUGCCAGGCGCACCGGUUGGUGUCAAGAACUGCUGUGUUUUUCACGCACAACUGUUUCCCGUGUGUAUCAAGAAUGGUCCACCAACCGAAGGACAUCCAGCCAACUUGACACAACUGUGGGAAGCAUUAGAGUCAACAUGGGCCAGCACAAUAUUAGGAAAGUGUUCUUAAUGUUUGGUAUACUCAGUGUAUAUUCUAAUAGUUUAUAUUUACAUGUAUGUGUAUUGUGUUUAUGGACAUCAUUGGUACUACUACCAACACAUGGGACGGAAUACCUGGAAUGGAAUAAACUUCAAUCCAUAAUGCAUACCAGUGUUGCACAUGUAUGAGUUAUGAAUGGAUAAUUGCUCAUUGAUCUAAAUGGGGACCAGGUCCGAGAUGCAUCAAUAUCAUGUUGUUCUGAGCCUGGUUGUUGUUGUUCUGCGUUGCCAGGGUAACUGCACCAGUUGCGAUGGGCGUGAUGACAUUAAGGAGUACGCCCACUUCCGCUCGGCCAUGAAGAUCCUGAUGUUCUCUGAGAAUGACUCCUGGGAGAUCAACAAGUUACUGGCUGCUUUACUCCACCUGGGAAACGUUGACUUUGAAGGUCAGGAUCAGGGAGGAGGAGGAGGGGUUUAUAUCUUUGAAGGUCAGGAUCAGGGAGGAGGAGGAGGGGUUUAUAUCUUUGAAGGUCAGGAUCAGGGAGGAGGAGGGGGGGUUUAUAUAUUUGAAGGUCAGGAUCAGGGAGGAGGAGGAGGGGUUUAUAUAUUUGAAGGUCAGGAUCAGGGAGGAGGAGGAGGGGUUUAUAUCUUUGAAGUUCAUGAUCAGGGAGGAGGAGGAGGGGUUUAUAUCUUUGAAGGUCAGGAUCAGGGAGGAGGAGGAGGGGUUUAUAUCUUUGAAGGUCAGAUCAGGGAGGAGGAGGGGGGUUUAUAUUUUGAAGGUCAGGAUCAGGGAGGAGGAGGAGGGGUUUAUAUCUUUGAAUGUCAUGAUCAGGGAGGAGGUGGGGUUUAUAUCUUUGAAGGUCAGGAUCAGGGAGGAGGAGGAGGGGUUUAUAUCUUUGAAGGUCAGGAUCAGGGAGGAGGAGGAGGGGUUUAUAUCUUUGAAGGUCAGGAUCAGGGAGGAGGAGGAGGGGUUUAUAUCUUUGAAGGUCAGGAUCAGGGAGGAGGUGGGGUUUAUAUAUUUGAAGGUCAUGAUCAGGGAGGAGGUGGGGUUUUAUAUAUUGAAGGUCAUGAUCAGGGAGGAGGUGGGGGUUUAUAUCUUUGAAGGGUCAUGAUCAGGAGGAGGUGGGGUUUAUAUCUUUGAAGGUCAGGAUCAGGGAGGAGGAGGAGGGGUUUAUAUCUUUGAAGGUCAUGAUCAGGGAGGAGGAGGAGGGUUUAUAAACUUUGAAGGUCAUGAUCAGGGAGGAGGAGGAGGGGUUUAUAUCUUUGAAGGUCAGGAUCAGGGAGGAGGAGGGGGUUUAUAUCUUUGAAGGUCAUGAUCAGGGAGGAGGAGGAGGGGGUUUAUAUAUUUGAAGGUCAGGAUCAGGGAGGAGGAGGAGGGGUUUAUAUCUUUGAAGGUCAGGAUCAGGGAGGAGGAGGGGGUUUAUAUCUUUGAAGGUCAGGAUCAGGGAGGAGGAGGGGUUUAUAUCUUUGAAGGUCAUGAUCAGGGAGGAGGAGGUGGGGUUUAUAUCUUUGAAGGUCAUGAUCAGGGAGGAGGAGGGGUUUAUAUAUUUGAAGGUCAUGAUCAGGGAGGAGGAGGUGUUUAUAUCUUUGAAGGUCAUGAUCAGGGAGGAGGAGGUGGGGUUUAUAUCUUUGAAGGUCAUGAUCAGGGAGGGUUUUAUGACUUUGCUCUAUUCACCCUUCCUGGAUUCCUCUCAUGGUCUCUUAUAGCCUAGGAUUGGGACUUUACCCUGACCCACAUCUCCUGCCCUAGGAUUGGGACUUUACCCUGACCCACAUCUCCUGCCCUAGGAUUGGGACUCCCCCUAACCCUAACUCCCAUCCUCUCUCCUGGUCUAGGAUUGGGACAUUCUCUAACCCUAACCCAUCCUCUCUCCUGGUCUCCGAUUGGGACUUUACCCUAACCAUCUCUCCUGGUCUAGGAUUGGGACUUUACCCUAACCCAUCUUCUCUCCUGGUCUAGGAUUGGGACUUUACCCUAACCCAUCAUCUCUCCUGGUCUAGGAUUGGGACUUUACCCUAACCCAUCUCUCCUGGUCUCCGAUUGGGACUUUACCCUAACCAUCUCUCCUGGUCUAGGAUUGGGACUUUACCCUAACCCAUCAUCUCUCCUGGUCUAGGAUUGGGACUUUACCCUAACCCAUCAUCUCUCCUGGUCUAGGAUUGGGACUUUACCCUAACCCAUCAUCUCUCCUGGUCUAGGAUUGGGACUUUACCCUAACCAUCUCUCCUGGUCUAGGAUUGGGACUUUACCCUAACCCAUAAUCUCUCCUGGUCUAGGAUUGGGACUUUACCCUAACCCAUCAUCUCUCCUGGUCUAGGAUUGGGACUUUACCCUAACCCAUCAUCUCUCCUGGUCUAGGAUUGGGACUUUACCCUAACCCUAACCCAUCAUCUCUCCUGGUCUAGGAUUGGGACUUUACCCUAACCCAUCUCUCCUGGUCUCCGAUUGGGACUUUACCCUAACCCAUCUCUCCUGGUCUCGGAUUGGGACUUUACCCUAACCCAUCAUCUCUCCUGGUCUAGGAUUGGGACUUUACCCUAACCCAUCUCUCCUGGUCUCCGAUUGGGACUUUACCCUAACCCAUCUCUCCUGGUCUAGGAUUGGGACAUUACCCUAACCCAUCUCUCCUGGUCUAGGAUUGGGACUUUACCCUAACCCAUCAUCUCUCCUGGUCUAGGAUUGGGACUUCCCCUAACCCUAACUCCCAUCAUCUCUCCUGCCCUAGGAUUGGGACUUUACCCUAACCCAUCAUCUCUCCUGCCCUAGGAUUGGGACUUUACCCUAACCCAUCAUCUCUCCUGGUCUAGGAUUGGGACUUUACCCUAACCCAUCUCUCCUGGUCUAGGAUUGGGACAUUACCCUAACCCAUCUCUCCUGCCCUAGGAUUGGGACUUUACCCUAACCCAUCAUCUCUCCUUGGACCGUCUACUAUAAUAAGGUUGAGAAGGAGGUGAGAAAAACAGAAUGUGAGGAAUCACGGAAAGACAAGUUGAGAUAGAGCCAUGGCGUGGGCCUGUUGGGGAGGAAUACAUUUUUUAUUUAUUUUUUGGUCAUUUUAGCAGACGCUCUUAUCCAGAGCAACUUACAGUUAGUGAGUGCACACAUUUUUCAUACUGGCCCCCCGUGGGAAUCGAACCCACAACCCUGGCGUUGCAAGCGCCAUGCUCGACCAACUGAGAUACAGGAUUUUUGCAUGUCAAAUCCAUUGGGCCAUUGAAAUACCUACUGUAACUGACUUCCUUACCUUUGAUCCUUCCAGCCACCAUUUUGAAUAAUCUGGAGAGCUGUGACGUCAUGCCGUCAAAUCAUUUCAACAUGGCAAGCAAACUUCUGGAGGUAAGCCUGUCACUAGCCUCAAUCCCAGACGUUCUAGGUGUCUCCAUACCCCCAAAACCGGCUUUCAGUUCUCAAGAAUACAAAAGAGUACACAAGAAUAUGGUGUGAUAUCUGUUAGCUCCAGACUAACCUGUCACUGUCCUCUGUGAUGUCCCUCUCUGUUUGUGGUCCAGGUGGACCCUAACCUGUCACUGUCCUCUGUGAUGUCCCUCUCUGUUUGUGGUCCAGGUGGACCCUAACCUGUCACUGUCCUCUGUGAUGUCCCUCUCUGUUUGUGGUCCAGGUGGACCCUAACCUGUCACUGUCCUCUGUGAUGUCCCUCUCUGUUUGUGGUCCAGGUGGACCCUAACCUGUCACUGUCCUCUGUGAUGUCCCUCUCUGUUUGUGGUCCAGGUGGACCCUAACCUGUCACUGUCCUCUGUGAUGUCCCUCUCUGUUUGUGGUCCAGGUGGACCCUAACCUGUCACUGUCCUCUGUGAUGUCCCUCUCUGUUUGUGGUCCAGGUGGACCCCUAACCUGUCACUGUCCUCUGUGAUGUCCCUCUCUGUUUGUGGUCCAGGUGGACCCUAACCUGUCACUGUCCUCUGUGAUGUCCCUCUCUGUUUGUGGUCCAGGUGGACCCCAAGCCCUGGAUGAAGAGUUGACCCAGCGCUCCUUCUUGCUCCAGGGGAUGUAACCCACUCCUCACUUCAGCCCAGGGGCCAUGGACGCCAAGACCGACUGUUGUAGGCUUGUAGGUCUGGUGACCACAGGAGACGCGUUUGUCAAGGUGAGGCUGGUACCACUUGCUGUCUUGUUUGCGCUGUCUUGCAAAAUUGAGUGACAAUGACAAGACAGCACAAACAUAUCUGGGACCAGGCUAGGUAAUGACCAUAGGAGUUGGUAAGACAGCACAAACAGAUCUGGGGCCAGGCUAGGUAAUGACCAUAGGAGUUGGUAAGACAGCACAAACAGGUCUGGGACCAGGCUAGGUAAUGACCAUAGGAGUUGGUAAGACAGCACAAACAGAUCUGGGACCAGGCUAGGUAAUGACCAUAGGAGUUGGUAAGACAGCACAAACAGGUCUGGGACCAGGCUAGGUAAUGACCAUAGGAGUUGGUAAGACAGCACAAACAGAUCUGGGACCAGGCUAGGUAAUGACCAUAGGAAUUGGUAAGACAGCACAAACAGAUCUGGGACCAGGCUAGGAGACUGCAUCGGCUCCUGCUAAGACCAUAAUAUAUCUGGAGCUGAAAUCAGACACUCCUCUUUGCGAACUUUCAGUCAUGAGGUAAAAAUAGAAACAUUAUCAUCUCCGAUGCUUGGCUAUAAUAUAAUAAUGUAUUUUAGAUAAAAAAAUGUUUUAGUGAUUUAGCAGACGCUCUUACAGUUAGUGAGUGCAUACAUUUUUCAUACUGGCCCCCCGUGGGAAUCAAACCCACAACCCUGGCGUUGCAAGCGCCAUGCUCUACCAACUGAGCUACAGGAUGCUGACGUAUGAUAAUGUAUGAUAAUAUAUGAUAAUGCAUUAUAAUAAUCAUAAUACAGUAUGAUAAUGUUUGCUUGUAUUCUGCUCUGUCCUCCACCAGGCCAUAUAUGGUAGACUGUUUGUCUGGGUGGUGGGGAAGAUCAACAUGGCUGUGUUCAAGCCUCCUCCCGAGGACACUGAACACGGCAGACAGUCUAUCGGUCUGCUGGACAUCUUCGGCUUCGAGAACUUCAACAAGAACAGGCAUGUACCAUCACAAAAUAGUUCGUUCAUUCCCAUGGAGGAAUAAGGGUUGCAAAAUUCCAUUAACUUUCCAAAGAUUCCCAGGUUUUCUUGAAAUUCCGGUCGGAACAUUCCGGAAUUAGAGAGCUUUAAUAUUGCAGAUAGAUUGUAGCUUCCAUCAAUGUAAUUGUCUGCAUCAUUUCCAAUCCCCCAUAUAUUUUUUUGUCAAUAUAUAUACACUACCGGUCAAAAGUUUUAGAACACCUACUCAUUCAAGGGUUUUUCUUUAUUUUUACUAUUUUCUACAUUGUAGAAUAAUAGUGAAGACAUCAAAACUAUGAAAAAACACAUAUGGAAUCAUGUAGUAAACAAAAAAGUGUUAAACAAAUCAAAAUAUAUUUUAUAUUUGAGAUUCUUCAAAGUAGCCACCAUUUGCCUUGAUGACAGCUUUGCACACUCUUGGCAUACUCUCAACCAGCUUCACCUGAAAUGCUUUUCCAACAGUCUUGAAGGAAGUCCCACAUAUGCUGAGCACUUGUUGGCUGCUUUUCCUUCACUCUGCGGUCCGACUCAUCCCAAACCAUCUCAAUUUGGUUGAGGUCGGGGGAUUGUGGAGGCCAGGUCAUCUGAUGCAGCCCUCCAUCACUCUCCUUCUUGGUAAAAUAGCUAUUACACCGCCUGGAGGUGAGUUGGGUCAUUGUCCUGUUGAAAAACAAAUUAUAGUCCCACCAAGCCUAAACCAGAUGGGAUGGCGUAUCGCUGCAGAAUGCUGUGGUAGCCAUGCUGGUUAAGUGUGUCUUGAAUUCUAAAUAAAUCACAGACAGUGUCACCAGCAAAGCACCCCCACACCAUAAUACCUCCUCCUCCAUGCUUUACGGUGGGAAAUACACAUGCGGAGAUCAUCUGUUCACCCACACCGCGUCUCACAAUGACACGGCGGUUGGAACCAAAAAUCUCAAAUUUGGACUCCAGACCAAAGGACAAAUUUCCACCGGUCUAAUGUCCAUUGCUCGUGUUGUUGGCCCAAGCAGGUCUCUUCUUCUUGUUGAUGUCUUUCGUAGUGGUUUCUUUGCAACAAUUCGACCAUGAAGGCCUGAUUCACACAGUCUCCUCUGAACAGUUGAUGUUGAGAUGUGUCUGUGAACUCUGUGAAGCAUUUAUUUGGGCUGCAAUUUCUGAGGCUGGUAACUAAUGAACUUAUCCUCUAUUUGAAGAAUCUCAAAUAUAAAAUAUAUUUUAUUUGUUUAACACUUUUUUGGUUUCUACAUGAUUCCAUAUGUGUUACUUCAUAGUUUUGAUGUCUUCACUAUUAUUCUACAACAUAGAAAAUAGUAAAAACAAAGAAAAACCCUUGAAUGAGUAGGUGUUCUAAAACCUUUGACCGAUAGUGUAUAUAUAUAUAUAUAUUUUAAAUAUAUUUUCCUUUAUUAUUUUCCCCUAACCCUACCAUCCCUCCCCUAAUUGGGGUAGAAUAAUGAACAACAACACUUAGGCUUCUACUUCCAGCUUAUCCAUAGUAUAUACAUUUUACGGACACAAUCUAUUUUACAACAGUUAUCUUUUGUUUGUUUUUAAUCCCAUCCUUCAACUCCACUCAACCCCUCCCAUCUAUCUCUGAAUCCCAUCCAUUUUGAUUUAUAUUUUGCCAUAUAUUUUUAACUGUGCUGUUUCACAAAAGUUCUUAACCUAUUUUACGGGACACAGUAUAUUUUACAUUAGUUAUCUUGUUGUUUUUGAGAGAGAGAGAGAGAGAGAGGAGAGAGAGAGAGAGAGAGAGAGAGAGAUAGAGAAGAGAGAGAGAGAGAGAGAGAGAGAGAGAGAGAGCGAGCAGAGGAGUGAGAGAGAGAUGAGAGAGAGAGAGAGAGAGAGAGAGAGCGAGAGAGAGAGAGAUGAGAGAGAGAGAGAAGAGAGACGCGAGAGGUGUAAUUCAAUUAAAUAACCGUGUAAGUAAUAUUUGUUUAUCCCCAGUCAAGGCUGAUUUAGCUCCUGGGAGACAGUGAGAGAGAAGCUCCGUCAGAUGUUACCUCUCUCAUUAAACCUCUCUCAUUCCUGGACCUGCGACCAAAAACAAGCUACAUAUGGACUGUACCAAAACAAAUAAUCUAAUGAUUCUGUCUCUUCGCAAAAAAUCAGCAGAGCUGGGAUGGUUGUAUCCCCCUAUAUAUAACAUUCUAUUUGUUGCAAGAAUUUUGUAUAAUAAUUGAAAUUGAACAAUUCAAAGUUUUCAAUCCGGCGUUGUUUUGUGUAUUAGUUCAUAAACCAUGUGGCAUGGAAUCGGUACGUCAAAAAUCUAUUCCCAACUAUUUUGCAAUCUAUAUGGUACAGCUGUCAAUUUAUGACUUUACUCUAACUCCUUAAAGUCAGUCAGACUUUAUGACUUUAUUCAACGCCCUAAAGUCAGUCACCCUUUAUUCAACGUCCUAAAGUCAGUCACCCUUUGACUUUAUUCAACGUCCUAAAGUCAGUCACCCUUUGACUUUAUUCAACGUCCUAAAGUCAGUCACCCUUUGACUUUAUUCAACGUCCUAAAGUCAGUCACCCUUUGACUUUAUUCAACGUCCUAAAGUCAGUCACCCUUUGACUUUAUUCAACAUCCUAAAGUCAGUCACCCUUUAUUCAACGUCCUAAAGUCAGUCACCCUUUGACUUUAUUCAACGUCCUAAAGUCAGUCACCCUUUGACUUUAUUCAACGUCCUAAAGUCAGUCACCCUUUGACUUUAUUCAACGUCCUAAAGUCAGUCACCCUUUGACUUUAUUCAACGUCCUAAAGUCAGUCACCCUUUGACUUUAUUAAAUGUCCUAAAGUCAGUCACCCUUUGACUUUAUUCAACAUCCUAAAGUCAGUCACCCAUUGACUUUAUUCAACGUCCUAAAGUCAGUCACCCUUUGACUUUAUUCAACGUCCUAAAGUCAGUCACCCUUUGACUUUAUUCAACGUCCUAAAGUCAGUCACCCUUUGACUUUAUUCAACGUCCUAAAGUCAGUCACCCUUUGACUUUAUUCAACGUCCUAAAGUCAGUCACCCUUUGACUUUAUUCAACGUCCUAAAGUCAGUUACCCUUUGACUUUAUUCAACGUCCUAAAGUCAGUCACCCUUUAUUCAACGUCCUAAAGUCAGUCACCCUUUGACUUCAUUCAACGUCCUAAAGUCAGUCACCCUUUGACUUUAUUAAACGUUCUAAAGUGUGUUGACCAUUCUUUUGAUUAUUGUGUGGGUUGUUUGCUUGUUUUCAUUGCAGUUUUGAGCAGCUGUGUAUCAACUUCGCCAACGAGAAGCUGCAGCAGUUCUUCGUGAAGCAUGUCUUCAAGCUGGAGCAGGAUGAGUACGCCCGCGAGAACAUCGUCUGGAACCACAUCGACUACAACGACAACCAGAGAACACUGGACGUGCUGGCCAACAAGUCUCUUAACAUCCUGGCACUUAUCGACGAGGAAAGCAACUUCCCCAAGGUACGCAGCCUCCGCCCCCCCCCUGCACUUUAAGGCUGCGUCUCAAAUGUCUCCCUAUUCCCUACAGAGUGCACAUCUGCCCAUAAGGCUCUGGUCAACAGUCGUUUACUAUGUACGGAAUAGGGUUUCAUUUGGGACGCAAAUUAAUUCAGUGACUCUUAAGAACUGUUUUGGUUAAUGUUCCCCAAUUGCAUUGUGCUCUGAAGUACCCCCCUCAUGUGCAACUGAUUAUAAGGCCAAUGCUCGUAUUAGUCUUCCCAAGGGUGGAUAGGCCGGGUUUGAGAUGCUCGUAUUAGUCUUCCCAAGGGUGGAUAGGCCGGGUUUGAGAUGCUCGUAUUAGUCUUCCCAAGGGUGGAUAGGCCGGGUUUGAGAACCAUAGGUAACAUUACAAGUGAGGCCCUGUAAUUGAGUAGUGUCCUGUCUAGGUGCCGUUCUGGCUCGGACAAGUGAAAGGGCCUAACUCUUCUGUUCUUUGUUCUGUUGUGUGUGUGUGUGUGUGUGUGUGUGUGUGUGUGUGUGUGUGUGUGUGUGUGUGUGUGUGUGUGUGUGUGUGUGUGUGUGUGUGUGUGUGUGUGUGUGUGUGUGUGUGUGUGUGUGUGUGUGUGUGUGUGUGUGUGUGUGUGUGUGUGUGUGUGUGUGUGUGGUGUGCGUGCGUGCGUGCGUGCGUGCGUGCGUGCGUGCGUGCGUGCGUGCGUGCGUGCGUGCGUGCGUGGCGUGCGUGCGUGCGUGCGUGCGUGCGUGCGUGCGUGCGUGCGUGCGUGCGUGCGUGCGUGCGUGCGUGCGUGCGUGCGUGCGUGCGUGCGUGCGUGCGUGCGCGCGUGCGUGUGCGCGCGUGUGUGUGUGUAGGGUACAGAUACUACCAUGAUCAACAAGAUGAACCAGGUACAUGGGAAGGGCGAUGUCUAUAUUCCCCCUAAAAACAACCACGACACGCAGUUUGGAAUCCAGCAUUUCGCUGGGGUGGUCCACUACGAUUCAAAAGGUAUUCUAAAUCUCUAUGAGACGCAAACUUUUGUGUUGCUAUAAUCUAAACUGUAAUGACAGUUUGUGCCUGUGCUUGAAUGAGUACCACUUUUCUUAUUUUAACCUGCCCACUAUUUGUGUUCGGGUUUAAAUCGGUAUAAAAUCUGUAUAAUGUAGGCUGUAUCCCAAAUGGUACCCUAUUGACCUCACGGGCUCUGGUCAAAAGUAGUGCACUAUAUAGGGAAUAGGGUGCCAUUUGGGACACACUCUAAUAUAGUCUCAUCUUGUAAUUUAGGUUUCCUGAGAGAAAGAAUCCCGAGCACUGACCUCACCCCGCGGGUGGAACGUCGUCCAGAAAGAUUAAAGCAGGCUUUCCCCCAGAACGAGCUUCCUCCAAUAGCGAGUUUAGCCAGCGCCAACCCCAAGAUGACCAUCAAUCACAAAAAACCUCGAGGGCAGUGGAACCCCCGGGGGGAACCCCCUGGAAAAGGCCUGGGAAAACCCCCUGGGGGCGUUCCAUAACCCCCCGGGUUCCCAGCGGUCAAAGGGGUUUACUUUUCCCCCUAUAUUUCCUUUUUUCUUUUGGAAAUUUAAAGACAAAAACCCAAAUCUAAAGUAUGUAGAAAAAUAAAAGGGGAGGAAUAUAUAAUAUAACAAUUACCAAAAAAAAAAAACUAGACGCAGGAGAAUCAAAAUUAAAAAAUAUCUUUAGCAGGGGGCCCCUUUCAUUGAUUUUUUUUAUGUUGGUCACUCAGUACGGUAGCUAAGAACAUGGCAAAAAAGGUUUUUUAAAUGCAAAAUUUUCUUUUCUGAAAAUUUCUUAGAAAGAGAAAAAUGUUUAAAAAAAAAAAAACUAGCUUUUUAAAAAAAUUUUAAAAAAUAAAAUUUAAACCCCAGUGUGAUUUUGGGGCAUAAACUUUUUGAAUCAGUUCUUUUAAGGGGAAAAAAAAUUUGUAAAAAAUAUUAAUUUUUUUUAUUUUAUAAUUAUAAAGUAUAGUUUGUUAUUUUUAUAUGUUAAUUUUUGAAAAUUGUUAUUUGAAAUAAAAAAAAAAUUGUAAAAAAAAGAUUUUUUAAAAAAAAAAAAAAAAGGGCAAAAAGGGGAAAGAAAGAAAAAGGAAAAAUAAAAUUUUUAAAAAGGUUUUUUUUGAAAAAGGGGGGGCCUUAAAAAAAAACCCCGGGGAAACCCUUAAGAAAAAUUUUUUUUUUUUCUUCUUUUUUUCUUUUCUUCUCUUUUUUCUCUUUUCUUUCCUUUUCUCUCUUUAAAAGGUUUCAAAGCGGUUUCACGUUUCCCUAUACUUUCCUGUUUUCAUUGUAAACUUAAAUGACUAAACAACCAAAAAAAAAAAAAAAAUUUAAAAAUAAAGGAAAAAAUUAAAAAAUAUCGAGCAUAAUAGGUAGUAAAACAGGGCAAAUUUAAAAUAUGCAGGAAUUCAAACUAAAUAUCUUAGCGCAUAAAAAUGGGGGAAGAAGGAGGGGGAAAACUGCAAAAAAUUUUAAAUUAAUAAUGCCUCACUGAUGUUUUCGACGAUGAACAAGUAGUAGAUGCAGAAACUUUUAAACAAAAUUUUAAUAAAACUAAUUCUAACCCUCAUCUAUAUUAUCGAUACUUAUUUAAAUAAUAUAAUUAAUGUAAGUAUAGAUAAGGAAAAAUUUAUAAAAUUAAAUGAAAUUAAUUUGUAAGAUAGUAAAUAAUAUAUUACAGAUAUUAUAUAUAUUUUAUUUUUUAUAUUGUUCUAUUUAUUAUAUAUAUAUAAUGUUUAUAUUUCUUAUGAUAUAUAUGCUUAUCAUAUCUUAUUAGAAUGUUCUAUAUUUUUUGUUAUAUGUUAUUCUUGGUUUUAAUCAUUAUCUUUAUCUUUUUAGUUUCUUGUAUUUAAACUUUUCUCUUUUUCUCUUUGUUCUUCUAUCUUUGUCUUCUCUUCUCUGUCUAUCUUCUCUAUUCUCUCUCUCAUGUCUCUCUAUCUAUCUCUCUCUCUCUCUCUCUCUAUUUCUUAUCAUCUCUCUAUCUCUCUGGUCUCUCUCUCUUUGUCUCUAUCUCUCUAUUGGUCUCUCUAUCUCUCUCUCUCUCUCUGUCUCUCUCUCUCUCUCUCUUUCUAUAUAUAUAUAUACACUAACAGUCAAAAGUUUGGACACACCUACUCAUUCCAGGGUUCUUUAUUUUUGCUAUUUUCAAAACUAUGAAAUAACACAUAUGCAAUCAUGUAGUAUCCAAAAAAGUGUAAAACACAUUUUAUAUUUGAGAUUCUUCAAAGUAGCCACCCUUUGCCUUGAUGACAGCUUUGCACACUCUUGGCAUUCUCUCAACCAUCUUCAUGAGGUAGUCACCUGGAAUUCAUUUCAAUUAACAGAUGUGCCUUGUUAAAUUUAAUUUGUGGAAUUUAUUUCCUUCUUAAUGCGUUUGAGCCAAUCAGUUGUGUUGUGACAAGGUAGGGGGGGAUAUACAGAAGAUAGCCCUAUUUGGUAAAAGACCAAGUCCAUAUUAUGGCAAGAACAGCUCAAAUAAGCAAAGAGAAACGACAGUCCAUCAUUACUUAAAGACAUGAAUGUCAGUCAAUACGGAACAUUUCAAGAACUUUGAAAGUCUCUUCAAGUGCAGUCGCAAAAACCAUAAAGUACUUUGAUGAAACUGGCUCUCAUGAGGACCGCCACAGGAGAGGAAGACCCAGAGUUACCUCUGCUGCAGAGGAUAAGUUCAUUAGAGUUACCAGCCUCAGAAAUUGCAGCACAAAUAAAUGCUUCACAGAGUUCAAGUCACAGACACAUCUCAACAUCAACUGUUCAGAGGAGACUGUGUGAAUCAGGCCUUCAUGGUUGAAUUGCUACAAAGAAACCACUACGAAAGACACCAACAAGAAGAAGAGACUUGCUUGGGCCACGAAACACGAGCAAUGGACAUUAGACCGGUGGAAAUCUGCCCUUUGGUCUGAUGAGUCCAAAUUUGAGAUUUUUGGUUCCAACCGCCGUGUCUUUGUUAGACGCAGAGUAGGUGAACGGAUGAUCUCCGCAUGUGUGGUUCCCACCGUGAAGCAAGGAGGAGGAGGUGUGAUGGUGUGGGGGUGCUUUGCUGGUGACACUGUCUGUGAUUUAUUUAGAAUUCAAGGCACACUUAACCAGCAUGGCUACCACAGCAUUCUGCAGCGAUACGCCAUCUCAUCUGGUUUGCGCUUAGUGGGACUAUCAUUUGUUUUUCAACAGGACAAUGACCCAACACACCUCCAGGCUGUGUAAGGGCUAUUUGACCAGGAAGGAGAGUGAUGGAGUGCUGCAUCAGAUGACCUGGCCUCCACAAUCACCUGACCUCAACCCAAUUGAGAUGGUUUGGGAUGAAUUGGACCGCAGAGUGAGGGAAAAGCAGCCAACAAGUGCUCAGCAUAUGUGGGAACUCCUUCAAGACUGUUGGAAAAGCAUUCCAGGUGAAGCUGGUUGUGAGAAUGCCAAGAGUAAAGGGUGGCUACUUUGAAAAAUCUAAAAUAUAUUUUGAUUUUUUAAACACUUUUUUGGUUAUUACAUGAUUCCAUAUGUGUUAUUUCAUAGUUUUGAUGUCUUCACGAUUAUUCUACAAUGUAGAAAAUAGUAAAAAAAUAAAGAAAAACCCUUGAAUGAGUAGGUGUGUCCAAACUUCUGACUGGUACUGUAUAUAUACUGUAUACUGUAUACAUUUAUAUUUAUCUCUAUAUACAUUUCUCUCUCUCUCUCUCUCUCUCUAUAGCAGCAAGCGGCUGAUGCUAAGAAGCAUGUUCCUACGUUGAGUGGUCAGUUCCGACAGUCCCUAGAUUCCCUGAUGAAGACCCUGACAGUCUGCCAGCCCUACUUCAUACGCUGCAUCAAGCCCAACGACU